AUGAGAGACCCGCAACUGUCAACUCAAAAUGGCCGAUUCUCCAAGCUCUCCACAGAGUCGCACCCACUUCCAUCUCCGGCUCUUCCGGUCGAUCCGUAUAUCACCACCAGGUCCACUGGCACCCACAAUUACAUCCAUCUGCAGCGCCAGAGCCCCGUGAACAACUCCUCCCUGAACCCUUACCGCGACGGAGACCUCGACAAGAACAUUCUCAUCCUCUCAAACUUCCACAACAGCCACUCGUUCGGAAAGAACCGUACCUUCACAUCCUAUCUCCAGACUAUCGAGUCCAUUGACUAUCCGCGACAUCUGCUCAGCCUGGGAUUCCUCAUCUCCGAUUACGAGGACUAUGAGGCCUUCAUUCCCGAGUUUGAGCAGUUUGUCCGCCGACACAACCUCGCUGCUGCCUCGCUCAUCCUGUACAUCAGGGAGGAACCGUUCUCCCGCAAAGACAGACACAGACCGGACAUUCAAAAGUCUCGACGCAGCUUCCUGGCCCAACUGCGAAACAGACUGCUCAUGUCGACUCUCCGCGAUGAAGACGGGGUCCUGUGGAUCGACUCGGACAUUAUCGAGAUCCAGUCCGAUGCCCUCAAGCAGUUUGUGCGGUCGGGUCUCGACAUCAUCACGCCCUUCUGCCGAUUUGGCACCGAUGGCAUGAGCAACUUUGAUGCGAAUGCGUGGGUGGGAAAGCGCACCCGACCCAACGAGCAGCAGUGGAAAGACAUCAAGGACGGCCGGAAGACCGACUUUGUUCCCAUGCAUGAUGGAUCGGAGUUCGUCAGCGACUGGAUCAACAAGGAAGAUCGAGUUGCAGAGCUCGACUCUGUGGGCGGGACAGUGCUCUAUGUCCGCGCAGACGUGCACCGCAACGGCGUCAACUUUCCCCCGUUCUAUCUGAUCGGAUCAGACUGGGACGCCAAGUAUGGCGGCUAUGACGGCAUCGAGACCGAGGGACUGUGCUAUAUCGCCCGGACGAUCGGAUAUCGGUGCUGGGCCAUGCCACACAUCACCGUGUCCCACACCGCACAACAGGAGAACCCCAAACCCAAGGGCAAUGCCGAGUGA